UGAAGGUUUCUGCCUUACGAUUGCGGCGAACAAACUCACCUCCGCAUGGGCAGCGGUGGCGUAUAACUCCUAUCGUCUAUGCUUCAAGGCCGUUCUUCAUCUAUCCUUUCGUCGUAUGCGCCUUCCAGUCUGUCGGUAAACACUUAUCGCCUGCGGCUAAGCUCCGAGCAAUCGUUGUGUUAAUGGCAUAAGUAUACCUAGUACUAGUUUCACAACCCUCUUAACACCUGCUUUUACCAACCACCGCGAUGAGUACGCAGGAGCAAGACGAAGAGUGCCAGACCUUGUCUCAUGAUGAGUCUGAUGGAUCUGAGACUGAGGAUGCGGCGGAACCAGCGAUGGUAUUACUGCGUGCACGCCGUUCGAACGCCGGUAAUCGCAUGUCCAACUUGCUCGCUUUGGCUGAAGCAGAGGAUGACGAGACACGUGUUAUAUAUGGCGAUGAAAGUUGGCAAGAAACUGCCGACGAUAUGGAAUUUGGUGGGGCGGAGGCUGAAGCACCUGAUGACGUAUCGUUAGAAUCGUCUUCGGAUGACAAUGAUGAGGACGAUCAAGAAGACGACGAAGCUGGGGAGAAAGAACUGAAGAGACAAGAACGGACGGAGAAAACGAAGAAGCGGAAACAGAUCGCGAAUCCUUUUGCAGAUGCGGCACGAAAGAAGGCCAAACUGAAUGCUGCUCCGAAAGUCUUCAUGCAUGCCCCUCGACCGAAAAAGAAGUCUGAACGCGACUCGUGGCUACCAACACCGGAUGAGGGGCCUGUCCGAGCUUCAUCGAGGAAGCAGACAAUGAAAAACAAGAAAGAUACUCAUGCGCGUCUAAUACUAAAAGAGAAAACCCGCGAGCGAGUGGUUGAACUUAUGCAGGCAGCCAAUAGGCGCAAAGAAGCUUUUAAGCCUCUAUCACAGGAAGAGAAGCUGCGUAUGGCGGCGAGGAUCGAAAAGGAGAACAGUAAGAGUCUCAAUCGAUGGGAGGAGUCCGAGAAUAGAAGAGCCGCGGAACAGCAAGCUCGACUUGAUGCCUUAAGAAAUCGCAAAAUUGAUGGCCCGUACAUCCGAUAUUGGAGCGGGCCAGCCAUAUGGCAAGAUGAUAAGCUUGUCGCCACUGGUAAGAAAGCCAGGCUGGUUCAAGAGCUCGACGGUACAGGAGAAUCGCUCUCUGUGCAAAAGGUGGAAGCGAAGGAGGCGUCCAAAGUCGUGAUACUGCCUGAUGUACCACUCUUACCACCACACUCGACUGAACAAGUGGAUAGACAGCUUCUAUUGAGAACUCAUAGAGCAGAUGGAGUACAAUACUCUCAAUCUACCCCCUCUCAAAUAGCCGACACUCAGUCUAUACAGGUUGAUGGAGACACUCCAGGGAUUUCUACAUCCGUACAAGCAACGGUUCAAGUUACAGAAGAAAUCUGUGUACCUCAACAAACAUCAGAAGUGAAAGAAACGAGAGAAUCUGAAACAUCUCAGGCUCAGACUCGACAUCAUACAGAGACUGCACCAGAGCCAAAGCUGGCUCGCCCAUCAAGUUCAGAACAGGUCAUAGAACAGCCGAAUAAUUCUUUGCUAGAAACCGAUGAAAGUUGCUCGAGGAAGGCAGAAACGCCCCCGGUGCUAGACACCGAAAUGUCCAACACAGAACCACUAUCGACAACCACUGACGAACCCACUAUACCGAUGCCGACAACCAUCAUGUUUGCUCCACCCGGAGCAAAUAAUGGUUUCCUAGAUGGCAUACUUGAUUGGGCUUCUUUACACAAUCAGAACAACUCAGUACCCGACCCAGCUUUUUCAGCAGCUGCCCAACCACCUCCUCCCGCUAGUCAACCAAUUCGGAAUACGCAACAGUCACAGGACCCAACAACAUCUAUACAGCCCCCUGGGACAACAGUCCUCCCUUCCGCAGUCGUUAUUCCGCCAAUUCAUGUCCACACACCUACCACUCUACCUCCUGUCAUCCGCCGCGCAACUCGUAAUCUCAUCAUGCUCAGCCAUUACGAAACCCUGAUGCCGUCUCAAAAAGAACAUAUCUACAAAAUCCUUCUUGCCCCUCAGGCAAAACCAAGUCGUUACCUCACCAAGCGUGUUGACAAAAACUUCUACCCACCUACUAUUAUGUGUGCCGUUACCGCACAGAUUGCUCGCUAUCGUGAUCCUGUCACCGGUCUUGCAUACCGUGACAAGAAUGCAUAUAGACGGAUCAAGCGUCUUGUCGGAGGGAGUUUCGCGUGGAGUGCAGCUUUGGAGGCUUUCGUGGGCGGGAGAGGAGAUAGGGCUAGGGGUGUACCUGAGAGGUUCUGGAAUGCCGCAUAUGAGAAACCAAAGGCGAAGAAAGCUGAUGAGGCGAAGCCAGAUAUCCCGAUGGAGGGUAUUGCUCUUAAGAGGGAGGAGGGGAUCGUUGCAACAUGAAGAAUUGCCACUAGAUUACCAUUUUGAGGCACGCUUUGAGAUUGUGCUAUACAUAGCAAUAUAGCAUUCUCUUAUUCGUGAAAUUUCGUUGGAACUCCCUACUUGCAAUAUAAUUAUCUAUUGGCUCGUCAGAUUGGCAAGAUCUACUAGUGUCCUCCAUGAUGUGAUAAUAUAACGUGUCAGAAGAAUCGAGAGAUGUGAGCUACUGGAUGAGUACAUACCUCAGGACAUGCAAGUGAUCGAAAUAUAUAACAGAACAGAAGUAGCUGGAAAAGACCAC